AUGCAAGAUGCUGCAACUGAACCUGCGAGUGCAGACAAUGAUCAAGUGCAACACCAACCUGCUCCUGCUGGAAUCCAUCACUCGAACGUCAACGACAUCAUCGAGGAUGAUGGUGACUUCGACGAUGCUUCCCUGGAUUCCGAUGUGCUUCAAACAACCUUGGCCUCGGAUCAUAUGGAGGAUAGCCCUUUGACGAAGAGUCUUGCUAAUCGGAGUCAUACACGCACCGCAUCACAACCAAUUCUUGCUGGCGCCAAACAGUUUUCUCGUCCCGUCGAUGACCACCAGCAUGGUCAAACCGACAACAGUAACCCUAUGGACCAAUUCAAUUUCGCCCCCAGAAAUAUGAAAAUACCCACGACAGCGCCACAGAAGCAAACGGCGUUGUCUGUGGAGACCCCGAAACAAGACGGAAAUCACGCCUAUAGCCACACGCCCCCACAGUCCUUUCCUUCCAUCAGCACGACACGAGAACAUGCCACUGCCAGCUUUCAGCAUGGUACAACUCAAUCCAAUGUCUUGACCGUCAUCUCCCACGAAUUACAGGCAUACGAAGAGACUCGUGAUACGUCACCAUCCUCUGCAGUAUCCGAACCCGUGCAUGCGGAAGUUUCUUGUCAACCCAACCGUCGCUCUAUCUCUAGCCAACCUCAGGACUCAAAUUGCCACAGCGGAAUGCUCUCAGAAGAGGAGGGCCCAAGACAACUCCUGGAACCUGACAAUGACCAUGAGUCAAUCCGAGAGGAGGAGAAAGAGCAUUCCACGGAUGUUAGUGUCAUUACUCAGAUGGCGACGGCUUGUAAUCAGGUGCCACCGCCGGCUACUCCUCGGGGUCCUACAGUCGAUCUCACCACACCAACAUAUACGGGCCGCAGACAAGCAUCUCGGACUGGCCACUCCAAUAGAAGACGUUCCACAAGAGCUGGUGGGCCUCCUAUUCACGGUUCGAGAAUCAUGAAGACACCAAUGCGGAACCCCACUCGUCGACAUCACCAGCAUCCACAGCUUCUGUCUCCUGUCUUCAACGCGCCUCGACAACCAACAGAAGAGGAUCUUCUGUACCUGCUUCUGGCUCGUACUCGACAUAAGGAUGAAGAACUGCACAGAGCUGGGCAGUUGGAAGAAGAAAACGAGCGGCUCCGAGUGCAGAAUGAGGGUUCAAAUGCCAAUCUCACACAAGCAUUGCGCCUCCAAGCAGAGAGUGAAGCACAAAACAACACGCUUACUCAGAACCUGACCGCUUUCAAGGAGAAAUAUUACAAACUGAAAAAGUGGGCUUUAGAAGCUAACAAAGAUUGCGAGAGGUUGUCCAACGAGACCUCUGGUAUCAAGAGAUCGCUUGCCGAGGUUGUCAGAGACAGAGAUGAUCUUGUCUCACAACUGUGCCAUCUUCAAUCUAAUUCUGCAAAAGCUACGGAACAGAUGGGAACUCUGCGUUCCCACGUUGCGAGCGUGAAAAGCGAAGUUCUGAAGCAAAGUGCCGCCUUGAGCCAGCUCUACGGUCAAUAUGUGGAACAAAGUGAUCAUCUCACACAUGAAAAGAACAGAUGCAGAAAGUUGGAUACACACAUAGUGUUCCUCGAGCAGGAGAACAGGACGCAAGCCGCCAGGUCACACCAUGAGCUUCGGUCACUCGAUCGGAGAUACGAAGAGACAUGUAAAAAGCUCCAGCAACUAAUUCGAGUGACAGAAGGGUCACAAACCAUGAAUGAGGAGUCAUUCAGGACUGGUCUAAACAUGUUACAGUCUAUAGCUGACAAAGACCUUACCACGAAUGCCGACUUGCAGCCCAUCCUGAAGGCUUUGGGCACAGUGAACAGCACGAUCGAAGCAGCGCCAAAGGCCAUCAUAAAUCGCUUUCAGGAGAACAUAUCAAUUCUGCAGAACGAUUGGCAAGCUAAGGCUUCAGCAGAAGCUUCCAGUCUACUCUCGGUUGCUCAAUCAGAUAAUGGAGACCUUGUCGAGGCCCAAAUGCAGGUGGCUCGACUGCAGGAAAGAGCAUUACAAUACGAUGCCAUGUUGGAACUGCUCAGCCAAGCGAGGAAUGCAGCAGAAGAACGUGAGAAACAGGAACGUACCGAAAACAGGAAGACUCUGGAAGAUUUGAGAGCUUUAGGGGAGCCCAAAGAACUGCAGAAGCAGAUCACGGAUCUCCAGAAUCAAGUGGGCGAACUCUCUACCCGGUACCUUGCUACGAGUUCUACAUUAGACCGAUCGAAACAGGAAGUGGGCGAACAACAGCAGGUAAUCCAGGUCCUUCGCGUGACGCUGGCAGAAGCUGAGCAGGAACGUGACUCUCUUCGAACGGUAGCUGCGGAAGCCGAGGAGGAUUUGCGGCACUGCAACAAGCAGAUCGACGAGCAAACAAAGCGGUUGGACUCUAUGGAUAUCGAGAUCCGUGAUCUGCGGACCAAUCUGGACCAGGAUCACAAAAUAUCCCAGGAAACGAUUGAACAGCUGGGAAAAGACAAGUCGAAAUUGGAGAAUAAGCUGGAGAAAGUUGAGAUGGAGAAGAAGGCGAUUGCUCUAGAGAAAGACGCCGUGCAGUCUCGGGUUACUUCUCUUGAAAACGAAGUUCUGGAUGCAUCAGAAAAUGCUCGCAAGUUGGCCGAGACAACCGCCAUACUCGAGGCGACUAAAGCCGAGUCCGAGAGGCUGAAGAAUCUACAAUCACAGCUCGACGCUCUCAAGCAGGCCUCGCAGACCCAGCAAGAGCAUAUAAGCACAAAAACGGUAGAGGUCACGACCCUCCGAGACCAGGUCACUGAACUUCGUCGAACAAACACGAAAUUGGAGGGAGACGUAGAGCAUGCACAGAACCUAGCAAAAGACAGAGACUCGCUAGAGAUUGACUUGCUCGACGUGCGCAAGCAGCUUGCGAGAAAGGCCAUCCUUGAGGCCGAGGAAGAAAAACUCGAGUCCGAGCUUGCCGUCAUCAGAAAUCGGGCUUCGGAGGCAGACUCGCUGCAGCAAGAGAACGAACAGCUCAAUCAGACCAUAGCCUCAAUCUCAACAGAUCUGACACAAGCUCGGAAAGAGAGUGUGCAGCUUCCUUCUCUAUGUCAGACAAUCGCAGAAAAGGACCUAAGCCUCGCCAUACUCAGAAAGCAAUUGGAGGAUGCCACAGUCCAGGUCAAUGAAAAUGUGAAGAAUAAGGUGGUGUUGCAGUACAAAGACGAGCACAUUGCCACACUGGAGCAAGAGAAAUCGAAGUUGGAGCAGGAGCAGUCGGCUCUCCAGCAAGAGAAGGUUAAUCUAGAGCAGGAGAAGUUGGCUCUGCAGCAACAGUUGAUGAAGUGUGAGGGUGAGCUCUCGAAUGCUCUGCUGGACCAUGAAGCACGCCAGUCGAAUCCGCAAAGAAGGGUGGCGGAUCGGUCUGGAAAAGGAGCAUUGGCUGCCAAGCACUCCACCUUUCAUGAACAAGUCGAGCGCGUGGAGGGCGCCGAGUAUCUGGAAGAUGAGAUUGUUGGGACUCAGAAAGAUCCCACUCCACAGCCAACGGGCAGUACAACGAUUGUGCCGGAAACCCAGUUCGACCCACAACUUGAAACUCAGGGCGGCCAUAACAGCUUGCUGCUUGGUGAGGACCUGUUGAAUGAGGACUCGUCUGAUUUGACCAGUCCCCCGGGAGAAUCUGAUCACGAAGAUGACGAGUUUGAUCCCGAUCGAGAGAUCUUUGGAGCCCAAUCGACGCAACAAAGCCCAAGGACUCAACCAGAGGAGGGACAAUUUGGUGGACAUCGUCAAACCCUUCGAAGAGCACCGUCGAGUGCGUACAGCUCACAAAGCGAGCAAAUGCUGCUAGACCAGGUCGGGCAGGAUGAGGCCCAGUCAGUGUCAGGGACAUUCAUGCGGCCGCCAGCUUUCAAUCUGGGCCUAGACGCUGUUCAAGAGGAGACAGCUACGCAUGGGGUCCCAAGCAAGAGCUUACCUCGCAACCGUGGGAAUUUGGAUACUGGGCUUGGUGCCAGGAGGUUGAGGAGCGAGUCUCGGGCACGUGGAAGAGAAUCGACCCCGUUCCCAGAAGCGACCCCCAACCCCCGUCUCAGCCGCGAAUCCACACCGAUUGUUCCUCGAGAGCGAUAUCAACCGAACUCGGCAGCCAAGCGCCGGAUCGAACGUGACGAUACUUCUGCUGGAUCUGCAUCGGUUGCCAAACGAUCGAAACGCACACCGGCGAAUCUAGAAGUCAAAGUCCCCAGCACUCCUUCUGCAAAGACUCAGCCAGGCGACCAAACACCAUCUACUCGCUUGAAAAGCAGCCUCCGGCAUGGCAGCAGUGUCGUUGGAACCAAUGCUCCGGCUCCUGGCAAAAACCAGCGGAAUCCAAAAGGUCAACGAAAAGGAUCUCGCCAGGACAAGUAUGCAAACCGGUUCGCUGCUGAGACUUGA